CCGUCUCCGGGCAGAAUCUUCCCCGGCCCUUUCCUUCGCCGUUCCGCCAUGAACGGCCAUUCCCGGGACCUGAGGGCCAAUCUUUACCUCAGCUUGAAGGGUGGAAAGAACAUUGGAUGCCAAAAGGAAAGGCAUUUCAUCUCAUCAUCACGACUGCCAGAUGGAUCCCAAAUAUCAGCUCCAUUGGUUAGUCAAUUAGGAUUGUGGGGAGGAAAUGUGAUUUUGGGCUGAGAAUUUCGGAGUAGAGCCUGUGGAGGGAUUUCUUUCCCUUGAAAGAAAGAAGAAGGAGGAAAAGCAUCUUGGAUACGGUUGGGUUCUUCAUCAGAGUGGUUCCAACAUGGAGAGACCCAACUCACGUGGGCCUGAAGCAGGACCUGGGGGCAGUGGGGAAUCCUGGGAAAGAACCAGACAUGAGUCCCUGAGUGUGGACCUUGACAGCUCGGACACACAGCGCCAGCGCUUCAGGCAGUCCUCCUACCAAGAGGGUGAAGGACCCAGAGGGGUUUGCAGUCGUCUCCACGAUCUGUGCCGCCAGUGGCUGAAGCCAGAGCAGCACACCAAGGCCGAGGUGCUGGACCUGGUGACCCUGGAACAGUUCCUGAGCAUCCUGCCCCCAGAGAUGGGGAGCUGGGUCCGAGAGUGUGGGGCAGAGACCUGUUCCCAGGCGGUGGCCCUGGCGGAAGGCUUCCUCCUGAGUCGGGCCGAGGACAAGGAGCAGGAAGGACAGGCCCAUCAUAAUAACUCCAUGGAAGUCCCUGCACCAGAGGAAUCUCCACCAGACACCACCCAGAGUCUCAGGCAGAAGGAGCUGAAGCGGGAAGGAGACGGGGCUGCCGCCUUGCAGGGUGAGAAGGAACUCUUCUGGGAGUUUUGGGGUUUUGUGCCAGUGGAAAUCCCGCUUUGGGGGGAUGAGUGCACACCCACAGUUGGAGCUUCAGAAGGUGAACAUGCCGGUUCAUUUGGCCUUGAGAUGGGUAUAUAUCUUAAACUCAUGUCUUUUCUGUGAUGUUUUAUGUACUUU